GCAAAUACACAUAGCCUCUAAUUGUCAUUUUUCUUGUAGUGACCCAAGAACAUCCUUGUUUUUUGUUUCGAAAUUCCGUUUAAUCAAUUCAAUCUUUGAAUUGAUUCGUUGCUGCGUAAUUUUGAUCACAAAGUACCCCUGGUGCUUUAUCAGAGAGUGUUAAUAAUUAUAGGUACCCAGUUGUAAACAGCCGUUCAGUAAUGUUAUAGUGACGGUAUCAUGUUAAAAAAAUUCUUGUGUUCCGAUUCUGCUUAAUUUAUUGACAAGUCACAGCCUACCUGUGUGAUAUCGAAAAUGCCAAUAUCAUACACUGACCGCGGGACUGAAACGUGGCCUGUUAAUGGCACAACAAAAUACCCGCGCCGCAGAAGCCGACGGAGGAGAAUAGGCCCGCCCGCCCGUCCGCCCGAUCUAGUUCGUGAGAAAAGAUAGAUAGCUAGGUGAUUGAUUGGGGGCAGCAGCGGCGGAGCUAGCUAGCAGCGAAAAUGAUGUAAUUUACCAUUUGUUUGGAUGGAUAUCCUCUCUUCUCUUUAAGCUUGCUGUUGUUAUUAUGUUAUAAGUAGGGCUGCAAAUGAGUCGAGUUGAGUCGAGUUUUAUCCCAGUUUGAGUUCGGUUCGUUAAUAAACGAGUCGAGCUCGGUUCAGUUUGUUUAUUAACGAGUCGAGUCGAAUUAAAAUCUUAACUUUUAUGGUACUUCAUUUUGUAUAUUAUGAUACAUAUGAUUUAUUUUGUUAGCUAAUUUCAUAUUAUAAUUUGUUGGUAUCAUAUAUCAUUUAGUUAAUAAAUUUUAACUACUCCAAAUCAUGUUAUUUCAUAGUAUCGAAUCAAUCUAUGAUGCAUAAUUUCUUUUUAAAAUAGAAAAUAAGAUAUAUUUGCUCACAUACUCAAAGUGUUAAACUUUAUAUAUGGUGAGAUAUAUAAUUUAACAACCAUAUGAAUUAAAAUCAUAAGAUAUAUAUUGAUUUGUCCAUAAGUUGGUAAUCGAGUUGGCUCUCUAGCCACAUGUUAAGACAUAUCAUGAGCUCUAAACGAGCCAACUCACGAGUUUAGCUCAACAAGCCACCGAAUCGAGCUAGCUCGCGAGCUUCACGAGUUGAACAAAGAUGAGCUCGUAUUCGGCUCGUUUAUUAACGAGUCGAGUUUCGAACGCGCUUUUCUCGAGUUGAACACCAAGCCGCUCGCGAACAGUUCGACUCAUUUGCCGCCCUAGUUAUAAGUUUGCACUUUGUAUUGUACCCUUAAAAUGGAGCAGGCAGGCUAUUGUCCAACAAGUUGGAACGAUAGGGACCAGUCAGUCAACGAGAAAGCCUUUCUUUCCUGUGCUAUGCUCAUGGUCACGGACCCCUUCCUUCCUUCCCCACUGUCCUUCUCGUCUUCUUUCUUUCUCUCUUAUCAGAAAGGCUGGUCAAAACCCUAGCUAGUCAAAGCCAGCUCUGCCAUUGUGGGCAUACCAUUCCUUUCCUUUCCUUUCCUCAGAGUCUGAUGCAAUAGCUGGCAAAUAUAUAUAGAGAGUAAUAUAUUUCUCUCUCUCUCUCUCUCUCUCUCUCUCUCUCUCUCUCUGCUGGUGCAGUGAUGCUGGUGUGGUGGCAUCUUCCAGGCUUUUCAAUAUGUCUUUCCUCCUCCCACCCAAUCCCAUCUCCCAUCCCUCGCUCUGCCAGCUUGAUGGCAAAUUACCAUUUUGUACUUGCCUAUAUAGUGCCUACUCUCUUGGAAAAACUGGCACAACCGUCCAAAUUCCCUUUUGCCUCUACAGUUUACAGUACUUCUCUCUCCCUCCCUCUUUGCUGUGAUGAUCUAUUAUAAUAAUUACUUCCAUGAGGAGAUGGAUUUGCUUUACGCCUUGGAUUUCCACAAUCAUCACUGGCCCACGUUAAUAAAUUAAACUACCAAGGAUAUAAAUGGAUCGUGCAUGGAGCCUGUAAAUCCCUGUUUUGGUGUUUGAUAUCAAAUAAAUAUAGGGUUCGUUUGGAAGUUGCGAUUGUUAGUGUUGUAUUUGUUAAAUACAUGUAUUGUCCACAAUACAACGUUUGGAAGUGUCAAGUUGCAAAACAAUGAAUGUAUUGUUUUGUGUGGGUCCCACCAACAAUCAACAAAAAUGAGGGAUUGUACAAUCUCAACUAAAAGUUGAGAUUGUUGUGAUUGUUGGUUUAAUAAUUGAGCACCUUUACUUUUUCCAAUUAUGUCCAUAGUUCUUUUUGUUUUAUAUUAAAAGUGGAGGAAAAAUAUGACAUUUCUUUAUAAAGUAACUUUAUAACAAUCAAUUCAUAAAUUAUAAUCUCAACAACCAAAUAAUGUAAUUUCAAAAUGCAUCUAUUGUAUCAAUGCAUGCAUUUAUAUGAUAGUGAUUCAUAACAAUACAACGAUUUAACAUACGCAACUUCCAAACGACCCCAUAGAUUGCUGGAGAAAAUGGAAAACAUAGAUAGAUGACCUUUUGGUGUUUGAGAGGCACAGAGAGAAAUGAGAAUCCAAAUGAGGAUGAUAAUUAAAUAGGUUUAGGGUUACUAAUUUUAAAGAUUUACCUGCUGGCCAAUGCAUGGAUAUUUGGCACAUGGAUUGGUGUGGGUGGUUCGCAGCACAGUCUUUUGAUGAAGAUUUUGUUCAGAUCAUCUGCCUAAGUGUAAUCAUGAUAUCAAAUGCCUCAUGCAACAGCAACAAUAUGCGAAACCAAUAAUGAUAUAUAUAUAUACUCACUAAAAAAUCAAGGAAAAGGAUGCCAUCGAGCCUCGAUAUCUGUCUGCAAAAGGGAUUCUUCUUUAAAAAAAAAACUUUGUUUAUUUUUCGCCACAACUUUUGCCACUAUUUUUUUUAAUUUUUUUUUAAUGUAAAUUCCUUGGGGGGUUCUCAUGAGGUUGUAUAUUAGCUUCGGAAUACAAACUCUAGUUAUUAUUUAUUAAUUUUGGUAGCAAAAGAUUGAGAUUUAUAUGUGAAUGAGUAUUCACCGCAUUUUAGGUUCGAAUUUUAAGAUAUAGUUAGUAAAUAUAUCGAUUAAUAUUUGUUCAUAUGAACUAUGCAUUUUAUACAUUCAAAACUUUCAUUUUUGUACUAUAGUCAUUUGUCAAACAAUUUCAUUUUUCUCAGUUCAUUUUAUGAAUUCCGUAAUAAACACAAAUAGAACCCGUAUAACACGUUUAAUACUCAUAUUUAAUCAGUUCUUUUACUACAAAUAGAACCCUUAUGUCCACAAUUUAUAUGUAACUUACCCGUACCGUAUUUUACUAACUAUGUUCUGAGUUAACAAACAAAGAAAAAAUAUAUAGGUGGAGCCAGACUCACUUAGGUGUGUCACUGACGCAUAUAAUUUCGGGUAAAAAUGCAGUUAAUCCCCAUAUACACACAUUUAUAGGGGAAUGAACUCUACACCUCUGAGUUAACAUAAUAUCAUUUUGUCACUACACUAAACUUAGGUUUAGAGAUAAUUAUUAUUCUGUAUUUGGUUUACUGGAUGUGGACAAGAAUUGCAUAAUAUAUAACCUGAGAAAUUCACUUAAACAAUCCACAAUUAACCCCUAUUACGAAAAACACCAAAUGACACCCACAAUCCUCUAAAAAGUAUUCAAAUAUUUCAAUAAUCUAAAAAAUACCACAAAGUAUAUAUAAUUGUUCAAAUAUAAAAAUGAGAUGGAACCCAUGUUUCCAUCAUACUUUCUCACUUGAAACCAACCUUGUCUUCAAGGUUGACUCGCAUCAUCAUGGUUCGCGUUACCUGCUUCGAUCGUCAUUUCUGCAAGCUUGUUCUGAAGAUUCCCCACCAGCAACAUCAUAUGAGCAUUCAUACACUGGUGACCCAUCGUGCAACUCUCGUAGCAAUUGGAGAAACUUUCAUCUCUACCGUCAGUAGUCUAGCAAAUUCUCUAGACUAUAGUCAAGGUCCUGGUCGAGCAGCCACGCAGGUCGCUCCUGCCAUUGUUGGUGCCGCUCCCACCAUUGACUAAUCCUCGAUUUGUCUACACCGGCGGAUCGCGGGAAGCGCCCAACACUUUCUUUCUAGCUCGUCAACUCCUCCUUAUUUUGACUUGCUCCCGUGAAUGCCACACACAAAGAUUGGGGCUCGAUUACCUUAGCAGCUGCUGCCAAUUGCAACUUCAAUCUUUCUAUGCACAACCCCACCAAAGUUCGCUCUUGUACGUCCUUGAACAUCUUACCCAUUUUAUAUAACUCAUAUAUAUACUCAGCAAUCGUUCCUGUCUGGCGAAUAAGCCCAUAAAUUUAUUUAAAAUCCAUAAUUAAUCCCUAUUACAAGUAUAUCAAAUGCCAGCAAAAUCCAACAAAUACCCUAAAAAGUACUGAAAUAUUUCAAUAAUCUCAAAACUACCACAAAACAUAAAUACUUUUUCAAAUU